AUGCUUCAACACCAGGAUCAAGCAGAUGCCCGUGUCAAACCCCCGUAUAAGUCUUACAACGGACAGCCUACACGUCACCACUUGAGAAGUAAUACCCGUCCAACCCGUUUGCUGGAAGCACUCUGUAUCACCAGAUAUGUUGACCAACCAUGCAAGCUAGCUCCGGGGAAGCAGCUUGCCAACGGCAACAAUGCACCAGAGAGGCUGGCCCAUCGAGAAGAUCAUCAAUCGCGUCAAUGA